ACGGGACCCCGCGCAGCGUCACAAAACCGCCGGAACCAACACGCCAGCACCACCUCAUUCGAUCCCGCCGCUACACCUUCCCAUUCUCUGGUCAGCUCCCGCUCUCCUCGGCCUCCUCCGCGCGCCGAGAAGAUGGGGAAGCGGUGGACACCCCUGGAGGCCAACCCCGACGUCAUGAACCAGUUCAUGUGGGGACUGGGGGUCCCCGAGGGGGGUGCGCAGUUCUGCGACGUCUAUGGCCUCGACGACGAGCUGCUCGCCAUGGUGCCCCAGCCCGUGCUCGCCGUCCUCUUCCUCUACCCCCUCACCUCUCUGGACGAGAAGGAGGAACCCGGCGCUUCUGGCACAUCGACCGCAGGAGGCAAGAACUUCAUGAUGCAGGAUCUGAACAAGAAGGUAUACUUUACAAAGCAGACUGUUGGCAAUGCUUGUGGAACAGUUGGUGUAAUUCAUGCAGUAGGGAAUGCCACAUCUCAAAUCAAACUAGUUGAGGGGUCUUAUUUUGAGAAGUUUUAUAAGCAAACAGCUGAUAUGGAUCCUGUCCAGCGUGCUGCCUUUCUUGAGGAGGACGAUGAAAUGGAGGAUGCUCAUUCUGUUGCUGCAUCAGCUGGUGACACUUAUGCCAAUGUUGAUGUGAAUGAACAUUUUAUAUGUUUCUCCUGUGUCGAUGGCAUACUUUAUGAGCUUGAUGGGCGUAAAUCACAACCCAUAUCUCAUGGCCCUUCAUCACCUGAUACCUUGUUGCAGGAUGCUGCAAAAGUCAUCAAAGCCAGAAUUGCAGAGAACCCUAACUCAAUGAACUUCAAUGUCAUGGCUCUUUCAAAGAACUGAAGUAAGCUGCCAUGGUAGGUUUUGUUUGAUGAUCACGGACCAUUUUUCCUUUCACAUGUGCUGGGCAGUGGGCAUCCAGAACCCUAUGGAAAGUCUGCGCAAGGGAAAACAGAGAUAGGAAAACGAUCACCAAAAGCAUGAAACUGUGCUGUUUGCACAAAUUUUCUAUCAUAUGACCUUGAGAUGUUUGGUUAUACUCUCGUGCCUUGUUUAUGGAGAUAGAAGCUGUUAUUCAAGAUUUUACUUGUUUCCUGUUUAUGAAUCGCAUGGAAUGUUUAGUUACUGC